UGCUAGAGUUGAACUGCAGAUUCACUGUUGGGGAGAAGUGGUCAGCUCUGUCCAUCCAUCAGUUUCAGCUAGUUGUAGUGAUUAACACAGGACACGUUCAGGAUGAAAGAUGUGCCCGGAUAUCUGUCUCUUCAGCAGAGCAAAAGCGCUACUCCCGACAUGGCGGCUCAGUGGCAUGAACUUGAAGAGCUCUACACCAAAAAGUUGUGGCAUCAGUUGACUCUGAAGUUGUCAGAGUUUGUUAAAGACCCCUACUUCGAAACCGGUGAUAGCAUUAUACAGCUUUAUGAAAACUUUAUAUGUGAUUUUGAGCACAGGAUCAACCCCCUUUCCCUGGUGGAAAUUGUUCUCUAUAUUGUCAGACAGAUGACAGACCCGAACAAUGCCAUCACCUUCCUUGAGAAGACUAAAGAAAAGGUGAAGAGCAGUGAAGAGGCCGUCAUCCUGUGCAAAACAACUAUUGGGAGUCUGAAAUUAGAGAUCAGUGAGCUCACUGCAACAAAGAAACUGAUAGAGGAGGCUGAGGAGAUGCUGAAUAAUUUGCCUGGUGUAACAUCAGUCCACGGUCGCUUCUAUGAUCUGUCUAGCAAGUACUAUCGCUUCGUGGGAAACCAUGCAUUGUACUACAGGGAUGCCCUCCGCUAUCUCGGCUGUGUGGAUGUGAAGGACUUGUCUGAAACAGAAAAACAGGAGAGAGCUUUUACACUGGGCCUCGCAGGACUGCUGGGAGAGGGAGUUUACAAUUUUGGAGAACUCCUAAUGCACCCAGUUUUGGAGUCUUUGAGAAACACAGACAAGCAGUGGCUCAUAGAUACACUGUACGCCUUCAACAGUGGCAAUGUCGUCAAGUUCCAGGCUCUGAAAUCAGCCUGGGGCCAGCAGCCAGAUCUUGCAGCUCAUGAGCCCAAACUGAUGCAGAAGAUACAGCUUCUCUGUGUGAUGGAGAUGACUUUCACACGACCCACCAAUAACAGACAGCUGACAUUCCAAGACAUAGCACAAAGUGCUCAAAUCCCAGUGAAUGAGGUGGAGCUGCUUGUGAUGAAGGCCCUCUCUGUUGGUUUGAUAAAAGGCAGUAUAGAUGAAGUGGACCAGACAGUUCAGAUGACAUGGGUCCAACCAAGAGUACUGGAUUUACACCAGAUUAAGGGCAUGAACGAGCGACUUGAAUUGUGGUGUAAGGAUGUGAAGAAAACGGCAGUGUUAGUGGAGCAGCAAGCCCAUGACAUCCUCACUUAAAGCAGCUUCUGAUCACCACAACUCUCGACACCACUGCACAUUCCUUGACAUUUGAUACUUGAUCUUUGAUUUGUUUACUGUUUACAUUUUCAGUACGGAAUUCUCAUGUUUUCUGUUAAUGCCAGUUAUUUAUGUGAGGGUAUUUUGUUCCACUGGCUUUCUUUGCUAUUUGAUCUUUGUGUUUGUUUUGUGAUUUCUAUAAAAAUGUAAUUCCAAAUCUGUUCAGUUGCUGGAACAUCAUUGCAGGCGUUAGCUAUGUGUCUCAAAGGGCGUCCUCUCUUUUGAAUAUAUUUCACAUAUAUUUCAUAGUAUGAAAUUAAAGUCUUCUUUACCUGGAA